AUGGGGGACAAUUUCGAACACACAAGCGCGACGACAAAGGUGUUUACGCUGGAGUUCUUGGGACAAAUUACAGACAAUUUUUCUGAAGAACGCGUCAUUGGUCGUGGUGGAUAUGGAGUGGUUUACAAGGGAGUAUUGGAAAAUGGGGAAGAGAUUGCUCUCAAAAAGCUUCAUCACAUGCCCGGGCUUGAUGACACGCAAUUUAGGAAUGAGUUUAAUCAUCUUAUGAGGGCCCAACAUCCAAAUAUUACCCAGUUGGUUGGCUACUGCUAUGAUAUAGGACAUCAACGCAUUAAGCAUGGCGGUGAAUAUAUUUUUGCCCUUGUGGAAGAAAGAGUUCUCUGCUUUGAAUACUUGCAGGGUGGAAGCCUUGACAAGUAUAUUACCGAUGAAUCCUGCGGACUCAAUUGGCACACAUGUUUCAAAAUUAUUAAGGGAGUCUGUGAUGGAUUAGAUUACCUUCAUAAUGGAUGCAAAGAUCCUAUUUACCCCCUUGACUUGAAACCUGCGAACAUAUUGCUGGACAAGGACAUGGUCCCAAAAAUUGGAGAUUUUGGUCUGUCAAGACUCUUUCCUUCAACAAAAACUUAUGUCACAAUCAAAAUUAUAGGAACACCUGGAUACAUGCCACCAGAAUACAUAGAGAGAUAUGAAAUCACAUCGAAGCAUGAUGUAUUUAGUUUGGGUGUUAUAAUUAUACGGAUAAUGGCAGGAGAUGAGGGUUACUCCAAAUGUGCACAUAUGUCUUCACAGGAAUUUCUUGAGCAUGUACGUGAAAAUUGGGGAAAACGAAUGCAGGCAACAAUGUCUUCACAUAUAUCACAGCAAGUUGAGACAUGCAUUGAGAUAGCGUUAAGGUGUGUGGAGGUCGAUCGUGAGAAAAGACCUACUAUAGCUGAGAUUGUUGAUGAACUGAACCAGGUUGAUACUGCAGAAGGUUCACUUACAGGCCAGGUCGCCAAGAACCAAAACUCAAACUCAGAGCACCGAGGCCGAAUCGUUUUCUCUACCACCUGCAGGCACCCAGAGCAAUUCGACAUCUUCUCCUGCUCCUUCUCACCUUCCUCCAGUGAUGAAGAGCUCCACCUCACGGAUGGUGUGUCCUAUAACUACAACGGCCGUUCCAUCCCUCCUGCCGCAUUGAAGACCCUCCUCAAGAGCCCCAAGUUGGCAGAAGAGGACGGCACUAGCGAUGCGGAUGUUGAUGCAGGCCAUGUCUCUGGUCUGAUCUUCAUGUCUGAGAGGGAUGACGGCCAUGAGACACUAUACAUUGCCCUGCGCUUCAGUAUCAGCAGCAGGGUCAAGGUCUUCUCGCUCGCUGACAUCUUUGGCACUGCAGGCUUCAGUGGCACACGCCUGGAGGAUAGUGGUUGCAUCGUCGAUGGAUACAAUGUGGAGUCUCGCACCGUUAACCCCUCUCUCAUCUACGUCUCCACCAAAGAGGCGGUGCAAGAAUAUCGCAGCCCCUGGACUGUCGUGUACAAGACCAACCUUUUAACAGGCAAGACGCGGCGGCUGACUCCUGAAGGUGUGUCUGAUUUGAGUCCAGCUGUGUCGCCAUCGGGCAAGCUGCUAGCAGUGGCAUCAUUUGAAAGCAAGAGUUGGAACAGCGAGAACCUCAAGACUGACAUCUAUGUGAUGAACAUGGAUAGUGAGGAGGGCCUGGGACGCAAGCUACUCAUCGAGAAUGGUGGGUGGCCAUCCUGGGGCAGUGACAACAUCCUCUUCUUCCAUAGAGGCACCAGCAGUUUCAUUCAAUGGCGCAACAUGGUUCAAACAACUUGGGGCGUGUUCCGGUACAACAUCAGCACCAAAGAGACUGUCCGAGUGACUUCAGAGAUGUCGAAUGCGGUGACUCCAGCAGCCAUCAGUGAGACCAAGGUAGCUGUGGCGACCAUCCGCCGGCCCCUAGUCGGCAGUGCUCCCAUGAUGGCACAGUACCGGCACAUUGAGAUCUUCGAUAUGAAUGGGCUGCCACCGGUGCAGAUCACCCAGACGAUGAGGCCGGAAAGCGACCAUUACAACCCCUUCGUGCUGGACGGUGGUGGCCGCAUUGGAUACCACCGCUGCAGGAGUGGGAGUGACCUUGUACAGCGCGUAGACCAUGUCCCCAGGAAUUUGCACAGGCUGGAGUCCCCGGUGAAGGAUGUUGGUUUGUUUCGGGUGUCCGGUGCGUUCCCGGCCAUCUCCAAGGACGGCUCCAAGCUCGCCUUCAUCGAUAAAGAGUUCAAAGCUGUGUGGAUCGCUGACAGCCAAGGGUUGCGCAUCGUGUACGAGACAAGAGAGCCGGACAGCAUCUUUUCCCCUGUGUGGAACCAGAACCCUGACAAGGACAUCCUCUACGUUUGCAUUAGCACUAGCACUAGCACCUACUUGAAUGCUCAAAAGUCGCUGGAGAUCUACGCCAUCAGUAACGCCUCUGGUGUCGCGGUGCAGCGACAGGUCCAGAGACUCACCUAUGGCGGGUUCAACAAUGUGUUGCCAUCGAGCAGCCCGGAUGGGAACAAAUUCGUCUUUCAGUCCACGAGGGAUUUUGUUGCAGAAAAGGAUAACUCACGGCAGCAGCAGCAGCAGCAUGACAAGGGAUUCGAGGAAGGUUGGGUGACGCGGCUGACAAAAGGGUCGUGGACAGACACCCGCUGCCAGUGGUCUCCUAGAGGGGACUGGGUCGCCUUCUCGUCGACGCGUGACAAACCAGGGGAGAACAGCAUGGCCCCGGGGUCUUUCUCCGUGUACCUGGUGAAGGCGUACGACCCGACGGUGGUGAUCAAACUGAUAAACGAAUUAGAUGGCUACUGCGGUCACGUGGACUACCCGGUGUUCAGCCCGGACGGGAGGAGCAUUGCUGUGACAAUGGACCUGGCGGCAGUGCCGGUGGACCGGAACUCGUUGCCGAUGUCCAUGCACGGGGCGCGGCCCUACGGCGUCAUCUUCGUGGUGAACAUCAACCCAGAUGACAAUAAGAUGAGAAGCAAGGAUGUCAAGUGCUUCCGCCGCAUCACACACAGCCGGUAUGAGUGCUCUGCACUGGCCUGGACGUCAGUGCCGGCAGACCCUGAAGCGUGGUGUAGCAUCAUGCUAUUGCUGGCGGAAAUGGAAGGGCAGCACGAUGGGCGGGACGGGCGCCACAAGGCCACCUCUUCAUCCCUGGGAGGGCUUUCUGAUUUAUCUUUGCGUCACAACCUGCAGCUUUAA